GUGAGUGUCGCAAGCCUGGGCGGGAGCUGGAGGUGGCCGCCGCAGGAUGGCCAGACGCUGACAUUUUUACCUCCUCUUCCCCUCCCCGCCAUGGCCACCAUCAACGACCUGCCCGAGGAGAUCCUGGAGUACAUCCUGUGCCUCAUCUCGCCCUACAAUGACCUGAGGAACUGCCGGCAGGUGUGUCAGCGGUGGUACACCUGCUGCCAGGGCGUGGUGGAGAAGAGGAAGUCACGGUUCUUCUCGGCGCUGAAGAUGGGGUGUGUCAAAUGGUUCCGGCCCACCUACCCCAGCCACAUCAUCCCCAUCAGCAAGCGCUACUCCCACUCCUCCUGCGUCUUUGAGUCCACCAUGUUUGUGUUUGGCGGCUGCACCUCAACCAACACCACCUUCAAUGACCUCUGGCGCUUCGACCUGGGCUCCCAUGAGUGGACGCGGCUGCUGACCACUGGCACCUACCCAUCCCCCAAAGCCUAUGCCUCGAUGGUCACCUGGAACAAGUGCCUGGUGCUGUUCGGGGGCUGGACGCACCCCUCUGUCUACCCCCUCCAUCAGCAGUGGGUGCUGUUCAGCGAGCUGCACGUCUACGAUGUCCUGGCCAACCGCUGGACGCAGCUCUACUACCCUGGCUCUCCACCCCCAACAGCUGGCCACUCCGCCUCGGUGCACGGCAGUGUGAUGGUGGUGUACGGCGGCCUGCAGAAGCUGGAGCGCACUUUCUCCAGCACCAGCGACGUGUUCUGCCUGGACCUGGCGCAGCAGUGCUGGUUCAAACCGCUCAUGUCUGAGGGGGAGCCCAAGCCACGCUAUGGCCACUCCCACAUCAAGCUGGACGAGCGGCACAUCCUGGUGCUGGCUGGCUGUGGCGGCUCCAACAAGCUCUACAAUGACAUCUGGCUCCUCACGUUGCCCAAGAACAUCCACAGCCGCUCCGCCCGCUGGCAGUGGCGGCAAGUGGAGGUGCGGGCCACGGAGCACAUGCCGCCCCAGAUGUGGUACAACCCUGCCUGCCGGGUGGGCAACAGUGUGGUGGUGCUGUCCACCGUGGGCGGUGCCGGGGCCCAGGCCGGGGGCACCAUGUCCCAGCUGCUGGUGCCAGGCUCUGUCCGGCGCCAGCCAGCCAGUGUGUGGGUGCCCCCAGUGCCACAGGCUGAGGCCCGGCCCCUGGCCCCACCCCCACCCCCACGGCAGAAUGAACCCAACGUCAACGGCCAACGUGGGCUGCUGCGGCCAGCUGACCCCUCAGAGUCCAGCAGCGACGAGAGCGAGGAGGGCAGUGGUGCUGGAGGUCCCGGUGGGGCAGGGCGGGGGCGGCCCCGACCCUCCAUACGCCCCAAUGCCUCAUGUGACCGGGAGCGGCGGCUGCAGGUGCUGUCCAGGAUGAAGGAGAGACUCAGGGAGCUGUCCCGUCAGCAGGAUCCUGGCAGGGGCGGUGGCAGCAGUGGCAGUGGUGGUGUGGCCAGCGGCAGUGGCUCAGGCAGCAGCAGUGGCAGCAGCAGCAGCAGUGGCGGCAGCAGCCCCUUGGCCCGGCCUGCCCCGCCCCGCAGCACCGUCAUUCCCCACCUGCUGGACAUCAGCCAGGUGGUGAGCCGCCGCGAGGCGCGCUGGUGGCCGGUGAACCACAACGAGGGGCUGCAGACCUGCGUGGGCUGCCCUCCCCGCCCCUCCCUCCUCUACUCCUUGGUGCUGGGCCGCGACCGCCUGGUCAUGUUUGGUGGCAUCCCCCACGACCCCACCGGCGGCCACACCCAGGAGAACGCCUCCAACGCUGUGAUAUUCCUCUCCGCCCCCGCCAGCUCCUACUUUGCUGCCUGACUGGUGCUGGGGAUGGGCGUGUGCCUGGCCCGGCCCUGGACUCGGGUGUGGCGGUUGUGUUGUCUUUCCUUAGUUUUGCAUCAUCUCAUGGGCCUCAGGAGUGGCCUUGGUGCUGGCCUUCAGCACCAAAAGUUUGUUCCCGUGCAUCACUUCCCAAGGCUGGAGUGUGUGUGAUUGCCAAAGACGUUAUCCACUGCUUGGCGGGAAAUCAAAGAAGCAUUAUCGGUAUUCAUUUCCCGAACCUUCCUUUACCCAGUGAAAAAAGUUACAGUUUACCUGUGUAGCAUUAUGCCAAGACAAGACUUUCACUUUUGCUUUGACUUCCUCGGUGGAGUGAGAAAAAUUACCAAAAUGAAAUGUACUAAUUGUGUGCAUAAUCAAUAACUUUUCCCUGACGCUGCUGUGUGUGUUGCCUCCCUGGGACUGGCACCGGGGCCCUCCCUUCCUCCCCUCCCGGAGUGUCCUAAGAGUGGAGCACAGUGCAUAAUUUCAGUCUUUCUCUUUUUGAGAUGUUCAGUUUACCAACUCCCCCAAAAAUUUUAUGCAGUUUCAAUUGUAUAAUUCAUAAAAAAAUGCAGCUUAUGUUUUUUGUACGUAUUUUUAAGUGAAUGUAUAUUCUGUAUUAAUAUGAUGAAAUUUUUA